GUGUAACAUGUCAAUUCAAUGUCAAAAAUUAAAGUUUGUCAUAAAAAAUUGGGGAGGAAAUUAAAAAAUUGUAACAUGAAACCGAUUUAAUUAUUUAUGAAAUGUGACACACAUUAACUGGAUAAUAUUUUGAUACUAUUACAUUCCGAGAAAGCAUUCUUACUGUGAUGAACAAUACGUAUUAUGAUUUCAAAUGAUAUUUGCUGUAACCACAAAGACCUGUUGAAUAUAAUCAGAUAAUAUUCCACUUCCGUUUUCCUCAAUUUCAAAUUGUUAAGACUACUAUAUACAAAUUAGUUGAUAAUAUAUCUUUUGGCUCAUAGGUGUUUUUCAGUCUUAAAAAUGAGUAAGUCUCCUGUAACUGUCCAACAAUGGAUUGAGUCCCUUCCUCCUCCUGAAAAAACAGCACCACCUUUUAUACCACCAACAACGGUUUCAACAAAAACGGUUUCCCCUGCAAGAAACGCUAGGAGGUACCUCCCUAGGGACCUUUCCCUGCAAUCUGAUGAUGCCAGUAGUCAUUGUUCGAGUGUAGAAUCUGUUUUAGAGCUAAGAAAACCAGAUCCAGAAGCUGUGUUGAUGUCUCUAGGUUUUGGACCAAGUAAACCCUCUAAUCUUCUCUCAAAAAUACCACAAAGAUUUCUACAACCAUCUCAGCUGAUAACCAGUAUCGACUUGGAUAAAUUUUUAGAACAGUAUGGAGAGUCGCCUACAGAGCUGUCAGAUAUUCAAAACCCAAAAUCCCCUUUUGAUAGAGCAACAAAAAGACCCCGAUCAUUUUGAGAAGAAAAAACUGAUCCACAGAUUCCAAAUAAGUUAGAAUUGGUUGUCAAUUGUUUGUGGGACCAUUCUUUGCCAUUAUUGUGAUAAUUGAAAUAUCAAUACAAAUACCAAAUGGUAUAUUUUAUGCAUUUGUUCUUCAUGUUAUACGUAAUAUUGUACAUUCAAGAAAAUUAUUAUUGAAAUGAUAAUUGUGAGCUAUCCUCUUGUCCACUAGGAAUAAGUAUACAACUAUUUUUAGGGAUGAAAUGUUUGUGUUGAAAUCAGUUAAGUUUGAAAUAUUUUAUAUAUAUUUUAGGGAGAUAAUUGAAGGCUUGUGAAAGGUUUCAUGAUGUGCUGUAUAUUUUGUUAUAGAGUCAAAAUUUUUAAUAUGUGAUAUUCAAAUUUAUUUGCAUUUUUCAUGUGAAUGCCAACUAAUCUGAGUGUUCACUUAUUUCAUUGAAAUUAUAAUAGAAAAUACAUAUAUGAAUUGAAUAAUAAUGCAUAUUUUCCUGUGAAAAA